UCAACCUGUAAAACAUCAGGCCAACAGCUCAGUUCCAUCCAGAAUCAUAAAUAUUUCAGCUGGAAGCCAACGAAAUGGGAAGUGCUCCCUUACCGUUCCAUUUUUAUGGGUGUUUACAAACACGGGGGCUGAGGUACCAAAGCUAGAGAACCCGACAGCGAACACUUAGCCACACUCGGGUCAUCCCGGAACGGUGGAAAUCGCAGUAGGAGCUCAGCGGCACUGGUACCCUGGGAGCAUCCUCCCACCCUUCCUGUUUAAAGAGGAACUGGCAUCCGUAGCCGUUAUCGUCCCACCCCCACCUCUCCCAGAUUUAGAGUGCGUGUGUGUGUGUGUGUGUGUGUGUGUAUGAAGUUUACCAGCCACAAAUAGGUUCUGUUUCCCACUCCUUGUUCUAGGGCCCUCUUUCAGUUCAAUAUGCUUUCAUUGGCAUCUCCUUUGGUGUUCUUUACAGCAGUAGCUAAUUAGUGACAGCUUCUGAGCAAGCAGCUUGUCAUUUUUGGCAGGGACAGGGGACACCCAUAGCUAAGUUUGCCAUACUCCAUGGAAAUACAUCUCGAAUUCUAAAAGGCGUCUGUAGUCAAAAGGUGGCUGUUCCUACCGAAAUAUCUCAAGCUGGCACCGUGUCCUAGAGAUGAACAACUCUCGGGAGGGUGGGGUUGGGGGAGAAUAACACAGGUUCUGUGUGUGACAGGCACCGCUGUGAGCCCUGAGUCAUCCUCCGAACCUUAAUCUGCACCGGGGAUGUCAGACCUCAUCGUGUUGUUUUGGUGCGGUAAUAAAUCUCUCCGGGUGGCAUUUAGUGGCAAGCAUGGUAGCUGAAGGAGUGUGCUGUUGCUGUUGGCGAAAUGCUGUGCCUUCCGUUUUUACUCAGCUUCUUUCUCACAGUGUCAUUAAAGGGAGCAGUUUAGUUUGCUUGGAGACAAAGGGAAUUUUCUUGAGGCUUCGAGCACAGAACAGCGUUCUCACAACCCAUGUGGUUCUUCCCUUUGGAGUCGCCGCCGUGAGGUGUUAGCUCUAUUUUCCAAACCCGUCACGAUGUUUACGGAUGGUCUGUCUGUUGAUUAACACUAGCAAUGAGUCAAAACCUCCGUCACGGUUUCUAUAAAAUGUGAUUCACUCCCAUUACUCCUCUAAUAAGGAUUCAAAUAAUGUGUUAAAAAUAACACAUUGAAGGAAAUAAUUGGCCUGCCGGCUAUUCCUCCCAAUUUGGUUCCCUCUGUAACAUGGAGACCUACUGAAAUGCUGUAUAAUACUCAAUUACCAAAUACCUACCAUGUACCAGGCAGAGUGCGGGCCAAAUUGUAACCCUAGAGAGGUAGUGCAGUCUGUCUUUUCAAAGUGAGGUGCUCAAAAUGACGAGAGACACAACAUUGUUGUGUUCUUUUCCUCACUGAGGUGUGAAACUGUACAAGGGACCACCUUUCUUAGGAGCUCGAGAUUGUCAGAUGUCCUUGUUCUCAGUUUCCCCCUUGAUAGGCCAUGCAUAAGGUAAAAUCCAGACGUUGACUACCAUUAUGUGCUUCUCUGUAGCAUGGCUUGGUGAACCCUGAGGAUUUCUGGCCUUCAACUCAUAUUUAAAGCACACCGACAUAGCAACACAGUUAUUUCUACCGUCAGGUGCACCAGCCUUGGGUAAAUGGAUGUAAAUUAUUGCUAUCGUGUGACCAGUUUCCCAGGCGAUGCCCAGCUUCAGCCCUACCAUGGCUCCCUAGGGGGUCAGUCCUAUCCUGUGCCCCCCAUAGUUGGUGGGGUGUCCCUUUAUAAAAACCAGAGCUGAGCAGGAUGUGCCCAGUGUUGGUCAUGAGUAACAGUCCAGCCGGCUGGCAUCCUAGCACACCUCACCGCUCAUUUUGACCCAGGAGCUGUCAGGACCGAGGUAUUAACCCCACCAGAGAGCUAUCCUCUCUCUCAGGAUGGUCCUCCCCUGUUUACCUCCACAACCCCAAGCUUUUAGCUGACUUCUGAUUGGCUCAGAAGGAUAAAGAUGCACCACACCCUCCCAUGGCUUCCUUCAGUUGUGCUUGAAGGCUUCCAGAAAGAUCUGAUUUAAAGCUUUCUUUUGGGUUGUGUCUGUUUGGAAGUUGCACUCUGGCAUAAUUUAUUCUGUAGACUUUACGGUAAAACAGCCUCGAGACAAAGAUACGCUUCCGAAAGAACUACUUUGGCUAAAUGAGGAAUUUUUUAAUUAAAAAAAAAAUGGCGUACAUACAUGUGUAUGCCGUGAAUGAGUGGAUGUCAAAGAACGACUGUAAGAAUCGGUUUCCUGUCUCCACCGUGUGGGUCCCAGGAAUCAAACUCAGGUUGUCAGGUUGGUGGCAAGUGCCUUUACUCACUGACUCAAGUCGAUGGCCAUUAACUAAGCGACAAUUUUAAUGAGCAAAGAGGUGAGGCCGAGCGCAUGCUCUCUGAAAGUGCGAAGCCUCCUAGGGAAUCUGAGAGCCCUAACACUUAAGCCCGUUGCCUUGUGGCAUUGUGGCCCUAUUAGAGCCACCUCAGGUGUCCUUGAGAGAUGUAUUAAGGACACAUGCAGAGCACUCAGAGGUGUGUGACAUGUGGCAAUAGCUCCUUGAUACUUUUUAUUCCUUCUGCUACUGGGACCCACUGCUAGCUUUCUCCCCUGCGUGCCAACCCCCCUGCUGCUGUAAAGCAGAGACAGAGUGGAGCGGAAAGUAAGUAGUUUGCUUUGUGUCGACAUGAAACAGUUUCUAAUUUCUAAGUUGCUGGCUUAAUUUAGCAUAUGUAACAAGUUUCUUCCACCCCAGGAGCUCUCAGUUGUCUUCAUCUGGAGCAUGUUCUGAGCCUGGGGUUAAGCGCUCCAUCAUCAAAGCCCAGCUUCUGUGAAGACCGCCUCCCACAAAAGGCCUGGUGUCUCUGUUGCCACCACAACCUGAAAGAGAGUAGUUAGAAACCACACGGAGCUGAUGGCAUGCCAUGUGAGCCUCUCAGAGGGAUUCGUCACAUGGGUUUUUUUUUUCUUUUCCUGUGUGUGUGUGUGUGUGUGUGUGUGUGUGUGUGUGUGUGUGUGUGUUCAUGUGUUCAUGUGUUCAUGUGUGUGGAGGUCAGAAGACAACUGUGUGUCAUUCUUUUUUGUUUGACAAGGUCUUUCCCUGGCCUGGAACCUUCUCAAAUAGGCUAUAUUAUCUGGUUAGCAACGGUGUGUCUACCUCUGGUCUUCCCAUUACUGGAAUUAUAAACAUUCAUCACUAUGGGAUUGAGGGAUUUGAAUUUAGGUUCUCAGGCUUCCCAGAAAAGUUCUCUACCGACUGAGUUAUCUGUCCAGUCUAGCCCAUCACAUUUUCUUGCAAGACAUAUGUAGACAGUUAAAACAUUUUUCUUCCUUCUCCUUUGCACUGGGAAGGACCUUACGCUGCCGUCUCUAGGAGAAGCAAAUUCGAACUCUCCUAUAGUUUGGUGCUCUUUUAAUUUACAGAAGUCUGUGCGAGAAUACAAUACUGUUGGGGUGGGACACUAAAAUCUUCAGCGUCAUUUUAAGUGUUUGGAAUUACUAUCUGAAGAAGACUUUACUUGUCUUUUUGCUCAUCGGUUUAGUGGUCUUUUCUCCAUGUCUAAUCUCAGACGUUGCGUGCGCUCUGUGGCCUCUGGGGUUUGGGCAUUGCAUGCUUGCUGACCAUGGUGGAUGGCUGGGCUUUCAUUUGUUUGUUUUCUCUUAAUUUUUAAAAUGAUUUAUUGUUUUUAUUUUAUGUGCAUUGGUAUUUUUACCUGCAUGUAUGUCUGAGUGAGGGUGUUGGAUACCCUGAAACUGGAGUUACAGACAUUUAUGAGCUGCCAUGUGGGUGCUGGGAAUUGAACCCAGAUCCUCUGGAAGAGUAGCUAGUGUUCCAGCCUCACGGCCGUUUUGCCUUCAGUUUGAGAAAAGUCUGACAUUUUAAUUUUGUCAAUCACCUGGAGAUUUUAAAUGUCACUCUUAUCGCCAGAUUGCUAUCAUAUUUUUAGAUAGAGAGACUUCGGGAUUAUUCAUGUAGGAAACAGGAAUGGGGAGGCAAGCAUGAUAGCUCGUUGGUAAAGGUGCUUGCCACCAAGCAUGUUUGAUUGCCAGCACGGAAACCGGGAAUGGAGAGAACAGGAGAGAACAGACUCUGUCCACUGACUGCCACACAUAUGCCAUGACACACAUGCAACACACACAAAACAUACAAAAGAAAUAAACAAUCAAAAUCUAAGAUGGUUCCUGUCCUUCCCCUCCACCUCCUUCCAAGUAUGCUCUCACUUUGAAGCCAGCAGUUCUUAAUGGUGCCCUGCCGUUUAGAAAGCACGAGGCUUCAUGUUCUAACUGCUCUCAACUUAGGCAGCCCAGACCCUUUGGUGGCAGAGGUUGUGGGUCUCCAUUUGUUUGUUUUUCUUGGGAGCUUUACUGGAAACAAAGUGUGAUUGCGUCCUGGCUGCAGAGGGGAAGUUGGCGAGAACUCGCAGCUUUCUGUUUGGUCUGUCUGAAGCAGCUGACCUUUUGGAAGGAAAUCGCUGCUCUUUGCUUCUUCCUGUAACAUCGCAGCCAGUGAACGGUGAGCGACGAGGGUAGAGUUCUGCCUCUAGCCCAGCUGCCCAAGGCACAAGCCUGUAGAAGCAGGAGCCCCCGCACAGCCCCUGGUCACGGUGCUGAGCUGUGUUUAGCUGUGUUAGUCGCUGUGCAGCGAAGGAAGAUCUGUGUCCAGAAAAGCAGCUUAGGCAAAAGGUGAUUCUGUUUGGUGGCAGAGUCGUCCCAGGGCUAGAAAGGUAGCGAAGGUGGUGGACACCUUACAAUCUCAACUCAUUCCGUCGUAAAUGUCCUGGCAACGACAUUGAUUCUCCUAUCUGGAUAACCAUUUUUUUUUCCUCUGAUGCUGUUUUUUUUUUCCUGGCAAGAAAACAUUUUAAUUUUCUAAGCAAGAAGCUUUUUUUUUUUCAAAUACCAUGUCUGUGACCCGAAGUAAAAAUGGAUGAUAAUUUGUGUAAAUGUGCUCGACCCAGCAAUUCGAAUCUGCGUGCAAGUCGGGAUCGGUUGUAAGCCAUGGCAAUGUGGAUACAGGCUCAGCAGCUCCAGGGCGAUGCCCUUCAUCAGAUGCAGGCCUUGUACGGCCAGCAUUUCCCCAUCGAGGUGCGACAUUAUUUAUCCCAGUGGAUCGAAAGUCAAGCCUGGAGAACAUUAAGGCCACCCAGCUCCUGGAGGGCCUGGUGCAGGAGCUGCAGAAGAAGGCAGAACACCAGGUGGGGGAAGAUGGGUUUUUGCUGAAGAUCAAGCUGGGGCACUAUGCCACGCAGCUCCAGAACACGUAUGACCGCUGCCCCAUGGAGCUGGUGCGCUGUAUCCGGCACAUUCUAUACAAUGAACAGAGGCUGGUCCGAGAAGCCAACAACGGAAGCUCUCCGGCUGGAAGUCUUGCUGACGCCAUGUCCCAGAAGCACCUUCAGAUCAACCAAACGUUUGAGGAGCUGCGUCUGAUCACACAGGACACGGAGAGCGAGCUGAAGAAGCUGCAGCAGACCCAAGAGUACUUCAUCAUCCAGUACCAGGAGAGCCUGCGGAUCCAAGCUCAGUUUGCCCAGCUGGCCCAACUGAACCCCCAGGAGCGCAUGAGCAGGGAGACAGCCCUCCAGCAGAAGCAAGUGUCCCUGGAGACCUGGCUGCAGCGAGAGGCACAGACACUGCAGCAGUACCGCGUGGAGCUGGCUGAAAAGCACCAGAAGACCCUGCAGCUGCUGAGGAAGCAGCAGACCAUCAUCCUGGACGACGAGCUGAUCCAGUGGAAGCGGCGACAGCAACUGGCCGGGAAUGGGGGUCCUCCUGAGGGCAGCCUGGAUGUGCUGCAGUCCUGGUGUGAGAAGCUGGCCGAGAUCAUCUGGCAGAACCGGCAGCAGAUCCGCAGGGCUGAGCACCUGUGCCAGCAGCUGCCCAUCCCAGGCCCCGUGGAGGAGAUGCUGGCCGAGGUCAACGCCACCAUCACAGACAUCAUCUCAGCCCUGGUCACCAGCACGUUCAUCAUCGAGAAGCAGCCUCCUCAGGUCCUGAAGACCCAGACCAAGUUCGCGGCCACCGUGCGCCUGCUGGUGGGCGGGAAGCUGAACGUGCACAUGAACCCUCCGCAGGUGAAGGCGACCAUCAUCAGCGAGCAGCAGGCCAAGUCCCUGCUCAAGAACGAGAACACCCGCAAUGAUUAUAGCGGCGAGAUCCUGAACAACUGCUGCGUCAUGGAGUACCACCAGGCCACAGGCACCCUCAGCGCCCACUUCAGAAACAUGUCCCUGAAACGAAUCAAGAGGUCUGACCGCCGUGGUGCAGAGUCGGUCACGGAAGAGAAGUUCACAAUCUUGUUUGACUCACAGUUCAGUGUUGGUGGAAAUGAGCUGGUCUUUCAAGUCAAGACCUUGUCGCUCCCGGUGGUGGUGAUCGUUCACGGCAGCCAGGACAACAAUGCGACGGCUACUGUCCUCUGGGACAACGCCUUUGCAGAGCCUGGCAGGGUGCCAUUUGCCGUGCCUGACAAGGUGCUGUGGCCGCAGCUGUGUGAGGCGCUCAACAUGAAGUUCAAGGCUGAGGUGCAGAGCAACCGGGGCUUGACCAAGGAGAACCUCGUGUUCCUGGCACAGAAACUGUUCAACAGCAGCAGCAACCACCUCGAGGACUACAACAGCAUGUCCGUGUCCUGGUCCCAGUUCAACCGGGAGAAUCUGCCAGGACGGAAUUACACUUUCUGGCAGUGGUUUGACGGUGUGAUGGAGGUGUUAAAGAAACAUCUCAAGCCUCACUGGAACGAUGGGGCCAUCUUGGGUUUCGUGAACAAGCAGCAGGCCCACGACCUGCUCAUCAACAAGCCAGAUGGGACCUUCCUGCUGCGCUUCAGCGACUCGGAAAUCGGGGGCAUCACCAUUGCUUGGAAGUUUGACUCCCAGGAGAGAAUGUUUUGGAAUCUGAUGCCUUUUACCACAAGAGACUUCUCUAUCCGGUCCCUCGCUGACCGCCUGGGGGACCUGAAUUACCUCAUAUACGUGUUUCCUGAUCGGCCAAAGGAUGAAGUAUAUUCUAAGUACUACACACCAGUCCCGUGUGAGCCCGCCACCGCGAAAGCAGCUGACGGAUACGUGAAGCCGCAGAUCAAGCAAGUGGUCCCCGAGUUUGUCAAUGCUUCUGCAGAUGCAGGGAGCGGCGCCACCUACAUGGACCAGGCUCCUUCCCCAGUGGUGUGCCCUCAGGCUCACUAUAACAUGUACCCACAGAAUCCCGACUCUGUCCUCGAUACCGAUGGGGAUUUCGAUCUGGAAGACACGAUGGACGUGGCACGGCGUGUGGAAGAGCUCUUAGGCCGGCCCAUGGACAGUCAGUGGAUCCCUCACGCGCAGUCAUGACCAGACCUCACCGCCUGCAGCUUCACUGUCCUCCUGGAGGACCCUUCCUGUGGAUGUUUUAAUUCCAUGAAUCGCUUCUCUUUGGAAACAAUAUUCGUAAUGUGAAGUGUUAAUACUAGUCGUGACUUUAGUGUCUCUGUGCAUAGUGGCACUAGUGAAGGGAGUGUGCGUGAGUGUGAGUGUGUGAGUUUGCACGUUGUGUUUUUUCCCACCCCCUGCUGUCCAGUCUAAGCCGCCACACCAGGGCAGGGGCCUCCCCGUGCUUGUUUUUCCCAUGUGCAAAAAAAAAGCAGUCAGCUCCCUGAACCCUGGAACUUGGCCAUGUGUCUUAAGGGUGGCUGACCCUUGACGUGCGACUGUCCAAGUAAGAAAAGGACAAAGAGAGGAAAAAGCACCCCCUCUCUGGGGAGCCUCCAUCCCUGUGCCAGUUAGUCCAUAGUCCAAGCGAGCUGUCAUUGUCUCCGUAGAUGACUGUCUGUAGAUGAAAGCCAGUGCCUCACGUGUCCCCCGUCCCUGUUAUGUGAGGGACUGAAAGGGGAGAUGAGUCAGGGGUGUUGGGGCAAGGGUGGUCACAGGUCUUUGGAUGGGGAGUGACCGUUUCCACCACUUCCCCAUCUUAUCACUGGUUCCUUUCUCCCUCUGCUCACUCAAUCCCUGUUUCUAGAACUGCCGCUCAGCUUACGUGUGCGUACUCGAGUGGACAUGUUUAACAAAAUAGUGGAGAGGAAGGAGGGCCACCCACCUCUCAGCGUACAGGUACGGGUGAUGGAUGCUCUGUGCUCUGCUAGCAUGGUGUGGUGUACCCAGUCCUGGCUCCAGACGCUGGGCAUGGCCUGUCCGUGCCACCCUCCCCCACUCUGUACUGUGACCAGGCGGUGCCUGCGUUGUCCAAGGCUUUUUUCUCUCCAAGCUUGUUGAUAAUGGCUUUCUGCAAACGUCUGGUGGUGUUUUUGUUUCUAAACCAGGUCUUUUUUUUCUUUCUUUCUUUCUUUCUUUUUUUUUUUAAUGUUUUUCCCAUUCGCACCCGAAUUUGACAUCAAAUUUCUCUCUUCCUGUAUCAGGUCCUGGGUCCUCUGUACCCAAAUCACUUCAUCUCCCUUCAGUGUCACAUAGUAUCCUGAGGAUUAGGCGGUGGGAAGGGGCCCAGACCCAGGGACAGCCUGCCAAGCAGCCAGCACUGUGCGGUCCUGGAGUGCUGGGUGCCGUUGGGGUUUGGGGAAAUGCAGUCAGCAGGUUUGCUAGGAAGCUUGGAAAACUGUAGAAGCACAGCGAAAGCCUCAGUGUGAUUUUGUUCCACAGUUUCCUCCCGUAGUGUCUCCAGAAGGAAGGAAGGGGCUGCAGUGGGCGUCAGGGAGAGGGACAAGCAGAGAGCGGUUACCACUCAGGCUUGCAAAGCCCUCCUUGGCUUCCUCUUCCCAAACCAGGGCAGAGGCACGCCCAGGAGAGGAGCCCCAAAACCUUAUUUUUAUACAUGCAAGUAAAUAAACAUAUUUUUUUUACAAAAAAAAAACUUCUGAAUUUAUCAGUGUUUUACUGUUAAAGGAAAAUACUCCUGUGUAGUAAAUUAUUUAUUGGGAGAUGAGUUUUUAAAAGCUGCUGUUUGCCUUGGCUUGGUUUUGUACACUGAUUUUUUUUUUUUCUAUGCCUGGCGGUAGCUCCUCUGCCUCAGGUGCUGGCGGGAUGGAGGAGGUGUGACCCCCCUCCCUUCCCCCUCAGAAGAAAGCCAGAACUGCUAGAGAAGUCCAGGCUUAAGGGACUCUCCUCUACCUGUCCUGUGGCUGCUUGUCUCAGUAACCCUCACAAGGGUGUGGACUCUAUAGAUUUAUGGUGGACGUGGCCGCAGGGCAUGGGGCGAGUAGAGCAGCCUGGCACCUUUCAAGUUGGUUUGAAGAAGAGGGUGCCAAAAUGUGAGGUUCCCACAAAGUUGUUAAGUUACCUGGAUUUACUGAGGCUGUGCCUGGACCUGGGAGAGGUUUUUAACUGGAAAGUGUGUUCCCUAUCCGCAUGCUGGUCACUCUCUGCCCCACUCCUGCACAAAAAGACGAGGUGAGGGCAGGUCUUCACCUGCCUCUUGCCUGCUCACAGACCCACCCGUGAGUCAAGAAAGUCUUAGCUUUGGGGUGUGGCGAGUGGGGGGCUUUGUAGAGGUGGAAGGAGAUUUGAAGUGGCUAUCUCCUACAACGAAAAUAUUCUUUUAUAAUUUUUCUUUUUAAUGUUUUAUUUCAGAUACAUAUUUUAGUGUUGAGGCAGAUUAGUAUAUAGCCACCAAAAAGUAUUGUGUAUAAACUGGGGCAGUCACAAAAUUGUGUAUUUUAUGUUACAAUAAAGGCGUCUCCUGAAGGACA